UUCGUUUCUUAUCCGUUUUCGUCGCUCGACUGAAACAGGAAACGACUUCAUCAUGUCUGGAAGAGGCAAAGGUGGUAAAGGACUCGGAAAAGGAGGCGCUAAGCGUCACCGUAAAGUUCUGCGCGAUAACAUCCAGGGAAUCACCAAACCCGCCAUUCGUCGUCUGGCUCGCCGCGGCGGAGUCAAGCGCAUUUCCGGUCUGAUCUACGAGGAGACCCGCGGUGUGCUGAAGGUGUUCCUGGAGAACGUGAUCCGCGACGCCGUCACCUACACCGAGCACGCCAAGAGAAAGACCGUCACCGCCAUGGACGUUGUGUACGCGCUCAAACGACAGGGACGCACCUUGUACGGCUUUGGAGGAUAAAAGACGACAACCACAAACCCAACGGCUCUUUUAAGAGCCACCCACAUUCUCGCAUAAAGAGACUAAGUCGAAGAAUUGUUUUCAGUGGGUCUUUCUAAAA